AUGCUUUGCGACCUGCUUCUGACUUUACUCCAGCUCAAAACCAACCGGGAGAAGGAACGCAAACACGCGAUCGCGAACGGCUUUCUGGCCGACCCAGACAAGCCCCGGACCCUAGCUGAGGCCAUAACGCCGGUUGGAACGUGCCAGGAUAUGUGCGCUGAAUGGGAGCGCGUGGAGCGCAUUGUGCAAAAGGACGUUUGGGAACCUGAAUACGACCCGGAAAGCGUAGGCAACGGAUACGGCAACAAGGUGCCCGCGGAGCACCGCAUGGUCAAGAAAUUCCGACGUGCGGCGGCAGGCGUUGACGAACAGCUUCCCUCGGAUCUUCGCCCACCUCACAUUCUCAAGAAAACGGUUGACUAUCUACUCAAUGAGCUUAUUGACGAAGCUCCAUCACUCGCCAGCGUUCACCAUUUCAUUUGGGAUCGGACGCGCGCCAUUCGCAAUGACUUCUCGAUCCAGCAAGUCAGCAAAGCCUCCGAUGUCCGGAUUGCCAUUGAGUGCUACGAGCGCAUUGCGCGGUUUCACAUUCUUUCCAUGCAUCAGCUCGCGCUGCACGAGAAACCUUACGAUGCCUAUGAAUGGUUCCAGGAGCGCGAACAACUGGAUAGAACGUUACUCUCUCUCGUCCAAUAUUACGAUGACAGUCGGGGCAAAUACCAGGCACCCAACGAAGCCGAGUUCCGUGCGUAUUGCAUCAUAUUUCAAAUUCGGGCACACAUUCCGGAUAUGGAGGAUAGGGUUCAGGAGUGGCCGCCCGUGGUUCAACGGGAUCAGAGGGUGCAAAAAGCAUUAAAGCUUUACGCUGCGGCUGCCAAUGUUGAGAGCCCACAGGGCCCGCUCAAUCCCCGGACGAACCAUGCAGUGGCGCAGGAGAACCCCCAGAGAUUUUGGGCCUAUGUCGGAUCCGACCAGAUUUCUUACCUGAUGGGUUGCGUUUCCGAGGUUUACUUCAACACUGUUCGCCAAACUGUUCUAAACAACAUCUGGCAGUCAUAUCGCGCCGGCGGCAAUACUAGGACCGAGGAUUGGACCCUCAAGGAAAUGACUUAUGUGCUAGGUUACGAUGAAGAGGAAGACACCCGGAUGUUCUUGGAACAUUAUGGCUUUAGGAUUGCUGAAAAGGAAGACCGCACCGAGUUUUUGGAUUUGACCUCC